AUGCAUUUUCUUUCUGCAGCUGUGCUUGCUCUCUUAUCUCCAUCUCUUAUCAACGCCUUACACAAGACGAAGCACACGGGCCCCGACUAUGAGUCCCUACCAAACCAAACCAUCUUCCCUGGGCCGUGGGAGAGCAACAUUAAAGCUCCUGUAAACAAAUCCUAUAUUGUUCCCACCAAAAUAUACAAUUUUGAGGGCGCAGCCUCCGGCGCUGAGUUUAUGCUGGAGGAUGCGGAUACAACUGGAGGGAUUUCGUGGGUAAUUGGCCCUGGAGGUCUUAUUACCUACGAGUUUGCGGAGAACAUCGCCGGCCGAGUAUGCUUCGAAGUCGAGGGUCUGAAAAAUGACCCAUAUAUUGUCCUUUCCUAUUCCGAAUCACCUUUCUUUGCGGACCGGGAGCCAGACGCGACCAACGAUAAACAGGCCCGGGACCUGCCUCUGAAGUUCGCAGUUACACAUACUGGUACAAAUUGUGUGGGAAAGGGCUACAUUAGAGGAGGCUUCAAAUACCUUACCGUGUUUAUUCCUGAAACGGAUGUGCCGACAGAAGGUGGAUUCUGGCACGAUGGUCAUACUCCACCACAAAGAGAAUUGAAGAGGAAAUUGACUUGGUAUGAAACAAUUGGCCAGAAAUUAUUGGGUUGGCAACAUCCAUCCAAGAAUGACACUGCAGGCGAGCCAGCUGUUGUUAUAUCGAAAAUUUGGGUUAAUUGCACUUCCUUCCCGUCAAUGCCAAAUGGCAAAGCAUAUACAGGAUACUUCGAUAGCUCAUCCUCAAUUCUCAAUCGCGUCUGGUACGCAGGGGCAUGGACUCUACAGCUCUCGACCCUUGAUCCGAAGGAGGGAGGAUCCCUCAUCGAUUUCAACCGUAACUUUGAUCACAAUAAAGCACCACAGGGAGCUUGGUACUCCAAUUAUACAAUUGCCAACGGUACUGCAGUUACCACGGAUGGCGCCAAGCGAGAUCGUAUGGUCUGGCCUGGAGAUAUGACGAUUGCUGUGCCUGGAAUUGCAGUUUCCACAUACGACAUGCUCGCUGUUCGUAACGCCCUAGAAACCAUAUAUGAACACCAAUUUGGUGAUGGUUCUCUGCCUUAUGCGGGUCCUCCUAUGGGUGCUUUUGGGGAGUUCAGUGAUACCUAUCACCUCCACACCUUGGUGGGGACGUAUGUAUACGUCCUCUAUACCGGAGACCUGGAGUGGUUGAAAACAAGAUGGGACAGGUAUACUCUUGCUCUGUCGAUCAGCAUUGCCAAGGUCGAUGAGUUCAAUCUCUUGCAUGUUUCUUCCACGCAGGACUGGAUCCGCCCUGGCCUGACGGGCCAUAAUAUAGAAGCUUCAGCGAUACUUUACGACGUUCUAGGGAAUAGUCUUAAGUUAGCCGACUGGAUCGGUGACAGAUCCACGGCGAGGCUAAAAGAAUGGGAAUACACCCGCGCGAGGCUUCGCAAAGGGAUAGCAACCCUCUUUUGCCCAGAUGAAAGUCUCUACGGAGACAACAAGGGCAGACGUGGCUGUAAUGGUCCAGAGAAAGUUCUCCCCCAGGAUGGCAACAGUUGGGUGCUCAUGUCCGGGGCUGGUGACCCAUCCCAGGUUCUAAAUAUAUCAGAAAGUCUCCGGAAACGUUGGAUCAAGUACGGAGCACCUGCUGCCGAAUUCCCGAAUGUGAUAUCCCCAUUCGCAUCCUCUUUCGAGCUUCUUGGGCAUUCUGCAGCCGGAAACCACGACGCGGCUGUUGAGCUCAUCGAGUUGAUGUGGGGGUAUAUGCUCGACGGGCCAGGAAUGACUAAUUCUACCUUAUUGGAAGGGUAUCGCGUCGAUGGAUACGUGCACUAUCCUGCCUACUGGGCUCCAGCCAGAAAUUCCCAUGCACACGGUUGGGCGGCUGGACCUACCACCGUUCUCAUGCAAGGCAUUUUGGGCAUCCAGCUAAUCACACCCCUCGGGGAAACGUGGAAGAUCGAACCGCAUCUCACGAAAUGGUUGAGCUAUGCUCGAGGCGGCUUUGCUACCAAGCUGGGCAAGUUCGAAGUCUCGAUCUCACGUAUGAGAAGCCUAUCCACAGGGCGUAAAGUCGAAGGUUUAAAUGUUACUAUUCCGGAGGGAACCUCUGGAACACUAAACUGGGGCGGAAGAGAACAGUUCCGGGGUUCGGAUAUGAGUUCUGCGUUUUCAUUCUUCCGAUAUACAGAGCCUUUGGAUGCCUCGCGUCCAGAAGAUAUGACUCAAGUAUUCAGUAUUGGUGAUUGGAGCGAUUUUGUUCCCGAUGAUGAGUGGGUUAGACCUGAGAUUGAGGAGAGACCUGAGGGUGUGGUCGAUUGGGAGGCAUUGGCGGAGAACUAUAAGUUUGCGGAGCAAAGGUAUAGGAUAUGGCCUCAGAGUCACAGUCCGCAUAUGGGAAUCGUGGAGGAGGGCGAAAGACCGCCAACUGAGUUUGCUAAAGAGCAUUACAGGAAGCAUAAGCAGGAGUUGAGGAAGAGAGAGAAUAUGUAG